AUGACUUUGACUUGUCAGCAUAGAUCUGGCUUCUUUAAUAUUAGUUUUGGAAUCUGCAAUAUGGGUCUAGCAGUGCUGAUGUUUCUGCUGCUGCUGCUGCCUGCACUAAUCAGGAGCAGCCAUGAGUUCGAGUGUGGCAUAGCAGUGUCUCUACCUCGUGUUGUCCUCACUAAUGUGCCUUUCACGUUGAACAUCACCCUUCCCCCGUUUCUCCCUGACAACGAGGCGAUUCCUGAGAAGGUGUGGUUUACAGUGGAUGGAGCGACGUAUGAGGACCUCAACUACACCGCCACUAGGGACAGCAACGGCACAGCACACCUUACACUACUGCUCAAAAACUCUCUAGUUGGCUACAAUGGUUACCACACUCUGGAGUUCAAUAUCAGUCGAAUCUCUGACACUAGUGAUCCCGAGCAGCUCAUUUGCCCACCAAUUAGUCAAACACUAUUGGCCAUCCCUGGGAUUCUGACAUUGUUAGCUCCGAUAGUGACUGCAGUGCUGGCCAUAGUAUUCAGACAGGUGAUACUGGCCUUGCUUGUUGGAAUUUGGAUAUGUGCUUCGUUUGCUAAUGAGUACAAUCCACUUGCUGGUAUUGUGAGAACUUUAGAUUUGUACAUAGUGGAUUCCUUAGCAUCCCCAAGCCAUGCAGCAAUCAUUGUCUUCUCAUUCUUCCUGGGGGGUCUCAUUGGAGUAGUACAGAAAUCUGGUGGGGGUAUUGGCUUGGCACGACUACUGUAUCGAUUCACCAACUCCAGGAGAAAAGCCACAGUGGUUUGCGUCACUCUAUGCCUGCUCAUUUUCUUUGAUGACUAUUCUGCUGUGCUCAUACCAGGGAACAGCCUCAGAUCAGUAAUGAGCAGUGCUGGUGUGAGCCAAGAGAAGUUUGCCUUCAUUCUGCAGAGUGUGGGUCCUGCUAUGGCCAGUAUGGUGCCAGUGUCAAGCUGGAUUGGUGUGGAGGUUGGGUAUGUACACAGUGCAUUUGACAAUGCGAUGUGCAAAGCACAGUGUAGUAACAGCAGCAACUCUUAUGUGCCUGAUGCCUUCAUACUGGUUGUUGAGACAAUACCGUAUCGCUUCUUCCCACUGAUGAUGCUGUUCUGUGUGGUGUUGGUGAGUGUGCUUGGUCGGGACUUUGGGCCCAUGCUUACUGCUGAGAGAAAUGCCACCCCUGCUCCCCCUCAUGAAGGACGUGUUGACGAGGAGCAACCUACUGUGAUGAAGGCGAACUCCCUUAAUGACACCGGAGAGUCAUCAGAAGAUUCAUACUCUGGCCCUCUGGCUCCCAAAAAAGGUGUUCCAAAGAGAUGGUACAAUGCAGCGGUACCGUUUUUGAUAGUAGUCAUAACAACACUUGUGGGCAUGAUAAUGGGAGGCAGACAGGCAAUCCUGGACCAGCCAGAGGAGAGAAGGAUUGACAUGACUAUAGUUAACAUCUUCACGAUGGCCGACUCGGUUUCUGCCCUUAUCUGGGCAUCUUGUCUAGCCAGUGCUGUCCUGUUUGUCAUGCUACGCCUACAGAAGAUACUCAAACUCUCUGAGUUCAUGGAGGCAUGGAUUGAGGGGAUCAAAGACAUAAUGGAGCCACUGUUAAUACUCUUGCUGGCCUGGGCACUUGGUGCCGCUAUUCAAGACACCCAUACCAACAACUAUAUUGCUCAGGUGCUAAAAGGUGGUGGAGUGUCGAUGAAGUACAUCCCUGUCAUUGUCACCAUCAUUGGGUUCACACUCUCCUUUGCUACUGGCUCGGCGUUCGGGACAAUGGGUCUGUUGUUUCCCUUGGUGAUUCCAACAGUUUGUCAGCUGUCUCGUUGUCAGAGGGGUCCUGCUCUCCAGGCAACAGCUGCCAUUCUCAGCUCUUCAAUUUUCGGAAAUGCAAUAUCUCCGAUUGCUGACAUCACUAUACUUACAACAGUAGCCAGCAAAUGCAAGCUAGUCCCACACAUCAAAACCAGUCUGCCAUAUAUAUUCCUAAUUGGAUUCAUCUCGCUGGUGUUUGGUUCGCUACCGGUGGGUGCAGGGUGGUAUCCAUGGUAUGGAGCCUGGAUCAUCAUGCCUUCCGUCCUCUGUGUCAUUUUUCUCAUGUUCUCUUCUAACUUCAUCGUAGAGGACUCAAGAUCUCUUUUUCGGAUCGCUUGCCCCUGUAUGUACACUGUUCCCGGGAGAUGGUUUGCGCUUCUGAAAGUGAAGUACCAUAGAAUAAUGAAGAAGUGUCCUCACAAGCUCAAAAGGUCCAGGAAACUUCAACAACUUGAUGAGUCGCCUAGUGAUGCUGAGAGUGCCGCUACUGAAACCGCUCCUCUUCUUCUCCCUCAGCUUGAAAAGAGGGAGCAAAGAGAGGUAUCAAGAACUCCAGUUGUGUGAUCCAAAGUGUACAUGCGUGUGUUAGUUGUUGUGUAGCUGUAGCUGUUUAGGUAUGAUUUAAGUUAUUGAAAUAUGGUACUAGUACGUAUCAGAUGGAAUUUCUUAUUGACAGCUAUCACUAUCAUGUGUUUUGGGUUUUCACUUUCUCUUUAUGCACUCAAUAAUUAAUGAGCCAGGCGUUUUACCUGCAUGUUUAUGAUCUUGUUUUAUUUGUACAUGUAAUUAUGCUCUUGCAGUAUCAGGCUAUGUUUUUAAUUUAUGAA